CUCCUCUCCACACCCUUCCCCCCCCCGCCCCUUGGCCCCUUCCUAUACCUUCCUGGUCCAGCACCACCACUGCCACCUGUGUUACCACAGCCACCAUGCCCCCCAGGAAGAGGACGCGGCCGGGCCUGGGCUUCUUGUGCUGCUUCGGCAGCAGCGAGCCCCCGGAGAUCAACCUGAAGGACAGCGUGCCCCUGCAGCUCCUGGAGUUCAGUGCCCCCAUGCCACCCGCUGAGGAGCUGCAUGCACGAUUCUCAGAACUGGUGGAUGAACUGGACCUGACGGAUAAGAACCGGGAGGCCAUGUUCGCUCUGCCAGAUGAGAAGAAAUGGCAGAUCUACUGCAGCAAGAAGAAGGAGCAAGAGGACCCCAACAAGCUGGCCACAAGCUGGCCGGACUACUACAUUGACCGCAUCAACUCCAUGGCUGCUGGGAAGAGAACGAGCAACUUCUGA